GAACAAGUGUGUAACCUAGUUUGUUGGAGCGCAGAUGACACCUGAACCCAUCGCCAACAGCAAAGUGAAAUGCUGAAUUUCAAGGUUCCAGGACUGAACUUUGAUAUUCUAUCCAAGGUUGGCGCCAAAGUUGAAGCUGCCGCAGAACGCCAGUCCACCGAACCUGAGAAGGCUGCUGAUCCAGAAAAGGUAUCAUUCGAAAAAACGAAAACGAGCGCUAAUGAUCCUACACCAGUAACCGCUGAAAGUACAAAAAUCAACGAUGGCGCAAAUGACGAGGAUAAGGAGCUGGCUGACCAGGGAGCGCUCUGGGUUACUCAAUAUACAUACGAUGAGUUCAUCGACUCCCUUGCGGUGGACCAAGAGAGUCGCGGUGAAACGCCCAGCGAAAAGCGGCAUUGGUCAUACCCCCGUCGUUGGUCUGUCAAGCUAUACAACCUAAAGAUUGUUAACUGCGUUGCGGAUACCCUUACGUGUUUCGCAGAAUUUGACUUUGGAGGCUCCCGUUCCGAAUGCCGAGUGCAGAUGGGUAAUACAGUAUGCAUACUGAAUAAAGGAGAAACUAAGAAUUAUAUACGCACGACCGUCGUGCAGAAUGUAGUCAAGGAUGUCCCAAGGUCUUUCAACUGCGCACAUGAAUUUGAGUACCGUGGCAGUUACCUAGACCUGGAAAAUGAAAAGUUGAAGAUAAAGCUGUGGAAGUACAGAAGAUAUAACAUCAACUGUUUGGAGUCCAUCUACGAAGGACAACUGCUGCAGUUUGCCACUGGUGAUAUACACGUGGAAAUACCAAUGUACAAAGGUCUAAACGAGAAGCGCCAUUUACGUUGCAGAAUUUCAUUUGACUUAUAUUUCCAGGAACUAUAUGACUUUGAACUUUCAUUUCUUACAUGGCGUCUGUCGGACGUACCUUCAUUCGUAGAGCUACUCUGCAAGGGUAAAGAAGCUCCAGAGAAGUUAGAGAGUAGAAGUACCACGAGUAAAGGGAAGUUCAAGGACAGACGUAGGGACAAUAUGUCGUUUUCCAUAUUUGACAAAAUGAAGUACUUUUUCAUACGCAAGAGGAUUGAGCGGGACUACUAUAAAAGCCAUGCUCUCCGAAGGGAUCGGACACACCACUUAAAGGAUGAUGAACGUAUUAGCCUAAACACAUUGGACCCCUAUCAGCUAUUACUACAAAGCCAAUGCGAUAUCGUGUUCAAAGGGAAUACCAUAAACCAGAUUAACACCGCAUUGCCCUCAUUAAGGCUCCAGAUACACGUCAAAGCUGAUUCGGGUCACAGGCUCGCUUCGUCACUGCAGUUGUCGUCACUAGUAUCAAAGCACACCAGAAACGCAUACUGGGAAAAUAUGGGAGAAAUCAUACUCCGCGGUACGUUAAUGGAUCUUGAACGCGCCGAACUUGAAGUUGAUAUUAUAGACGUUAAUGCCCCAAAGGCAGCUAACAAAGUAGGUCGCGUAGUACUGCCAUUGGCAGGUAUUGUGGACUACCCAUAUCUUACCAGUAAGGUUAAUACACCCAAAUGGCUAACUUUGAAAGCCAGUAUGGAGGGUUGGGGUUCAGUGCUCGAACGUUUGAACUUCGGCAAAUUGAGUGGUAAAAUUCAGAUCCAGCAUAAACCCAGAUACAGACAGAAGACUAAUCCCUCGGGUUUGUCCCUAACCAGCUAUCCCGCCAUGCUGGUAGUCACAGUAGGAAGUGUCGAUCAGCUAAUUGUUGACGAUGAUAAUGUAAGGAUCGAUUCCUAUGUAGAAGUUACAUUCAACAAACAGAGCUAUAGGACAUACUGCUGCAAAAACAAUAGAGCACCCAUGUGGAACGAGGAUGUGUUAAUACCUUUUAUGGUAAACGACGUUGAUAAGAUUAACAGCUCAGUGGUGUUGCAGAGUAGUCCGAUACGCUUCACUGUUUGGGGUGCUUCCGGACGUGAUCGCAAAGUAGUAUUUCUAGGCACUACUGUGCUCUACCCUUAUGAAAUAUUCUACACCCCAAAGGGUGUAUUGAAGCACCGAGUUAAGAAGACAUAUGCUGAGAAUGGGCAAUACGGAAACAUGUACAACUCUACAGUUUUCGAAACGCAUGUUUUCAGUGGUCCAUUGAAACUCCAGUUCAUGAAUGAAGAUCAUCAAUCCAACCUUACCGUAUCAGCUUGGCUGUACCCAGAUAUGCCGGACGAUGUGAUGCCUGAUCAAUUCGAUCCACGACUAGUACGUUCAGAGCAACCCCAAUUACUUUCAUACCUCAUGACACCUUAUUAUCCAAGGCUCUCAGAGGAUUGGCAGCGUGUAGUUGAUCUGAAGUUAAAGCCCAUUUUCAAAGAUGUGGGAAAUAUCACUGUUGAGUGCCGGACGCAGUAUCACCAAAGAGUGUACCUGCCGUGUCUAAUUACACCAAUGCACCCACCAAUGGGUAUAGACACGCCAAAUGCCAUAUUCCAUAUGGUCCGUUGCCUACCGUUCGUGAGGAAGUCGCAUGAUAUAAGAUUUACCCCGGACUUCCUAAUGCAACUCAAGGGUGGUAACGCUUUUGACCACUGCCUGCUCCAGGUGAGUUACCUCCGUGGCCUCAUACCGCCAGUGGAGGCAUUUGUAUGCGUUGGCACUACCCAUAACGGAAGAUACCACGCAUGGGUAACUACGUUCUGCAGGGAUGUAACACAUUCAGUAAAGAUGUGGGAAAGUACUACUGGUGAGGUGCAUGUAUUGAAGCACAGGAUAGAGUCAGAAGCUGAUAUCAAUGACAGUAUAACUGAUAGGCGUUUGAGACUGAAAACAAGCAGCAAGUUCCCAUACCAAACGCUGAUCUACAUGUUUAACGACACAAACGUUUGGCUCAACGUACAAGGAUUUACCGAUCCACAAUUGUUACUGUUCGACAUAUCUAACAAUGACUUGUGGUACCCGUUUACGCCAAGGUUUAAUCACAAUGACAAUAUCCAUGUGCCUCAAAUAUCGUAUGUCAAGGUGAACGACUAUGAUAUAGAGCGGAUAUCCAACGAACUACAACAGAACGUUGAGCGUCACUUGACAAUGCAUCGCAAUGCCCAGAACCUGCAGACUCGUUGGAAUAAAGACGAUGCUCUAAACAAGUUUCUCAUCACUGGGAUGAAGCUGUUGCACCAAAUCAACACGUGCCCAGACGCUGAUGUUCAACUGUCAAAGUGCGAACUUCAGGACUGGCGAGUGCUGCUAAAUAAGAAUAUACCUCAGAGCCAUCAAGUAGUUGUUGUUCCCGUACAUUUUAAUACAUUGGAUGCCGAGUUCAUCGCUGAUAACAUUAAAAACAACGUCCCGCUGCUAGACUCACGAGAACGUUUUAUUACCUUUGCAAUGUCAAACCGCGUGAUCAGCCUGCCAGGCAACUUGUUCAGCGUGUAUAUCAUCUUAUUAGUGGCCCAGAAAAUACACGAACGUGUACGUAUAAGGCUAGUUAUGGAGCAGGAACGUCUAGCCCAAAAGAAGUCUAAGAAGAAAUCGAUGGCCGUUGAAGAAGAUGGUAACGAAAUAAUGAACCGUGAGGAUAGCCUCAAUGAGAGUCUAAAGGCCGCUUUAGAAUCGAACAUUGAAAUGUCUGGAAGUGACACAAUACCCAAAAAGCAGUAUUCAGCUUUGUUUAGCCAUAUAGACAACAACCUGCAGAACAAGGACAGCCAACUUGACAAUUUGCUGUCCAGGACGUUUACAAGCGCGGCUUUGCAAUCGAACAAAAAUAUCUCACAGAAGAUUACAAAUAGUUUGGAAGCUGAUUCCAGCCUUUCUUCUCUUGCCAGGAGCUCCAGUGAGAACGAUAAUGAAGUUACUUCCUCCAACUCGUCCUUGGCGAUUGGUUUUGAAAACCUGAGCUCAUCAGGGAUGAGCACGUUCAGGGAUGUUGAUGUGGUAGCAAGGAAUUAUGAUGGCAUGGAAACUGAAAUGUAUAUUGCUAACGCGCCAAGUUAUGACUUUGGCUCCGGGGCACAAAGCUUGGUCUCCAACUCCGAUAAAAAGUGCGUAUCCACUACUUUCAGAGAUGAUGUGGUAAAUCCACACUUGUUAAGCAGUGGAUCCUUUGUUGUAUCAAGUUCCAGCAGUUCAAUUGGGUCCCGAUUGAUGAUACAAACGGGAUCCUUUGAGUACUCCGAUGGAGAGAGGCCGGAGCAGAAUGAGACUUUAUCGCAAAGUAUGGUCAACUAUUCACCAAUGAUGACAUCAGAUGACACCAACGAGAUCUCACGUGAUGGUUCAGCAUAUGGCGCCGUGGAUAGCAUACAAAGUGCAGUGCAAUCGAUGUCAUCGAUGAACCAAUCCAUAUUGUACAGUGAGGAGUCAGAUGUCAACGUACAAUCUACGGUAUCAAUUGAUAAUUAUACGGUAUCGGAAGCUUCUAUAGCAAGCAGUCCCAGGAUAAUCGAAGAUAACGGUCAAACCGACGCUACGUCUGAUGUGAUGUCUAAUAGAUACAGCUCGCGUACAUUCACAGAAAGUGAUAGUAUAAACAAAUAUCUAAAUUCCGAAAAUGAUUCUUUUCCAGAUGAUACGGACUGGAGUGAUACUUUGAGCUCAUCGGAAAGUAUACAGGUAUCAUCUCGCGGCGGUUAUAUAUCAUCAGCAUUAGAGUCCGAUAUUGACACUGUAUAUAAUAAGGGAAUGUCAAUAAACAGCGGCCUCGUAAGCCGCAAUCAACUUGGGAAUGGUGGUAUCACCUCUGAAUCAUUUACCUCAACCAUAUCGGAUGUAAGCAGUAGUGUAUUUAGCCGAUCGAUUUCAAGGGAAGGAGAAUCUGAAACCGCUGUAGAAGUAUCGCCAGUCGCCAUGCAAGCAACUCAACUCAACGAGCAUAUGCCUAAGAGUGAACCUGAAGUUUCACGUAAAGAAAUUGCCAGUCAUAGAGCAUUCCUCGGUUUGAAGCCUGAGCCUUCAAUAGCAUCAACGGGUACAGAGACUCUCAGCCAUGUAAGCAGUGAUAACAUGAGCAGCAGCAAGGUAUGCUUCGCCAAGACGGCAACCCUUUACACAUCUAACAAUACGCCCGUGCAAGUGCCUACUCAUGAAGGCAAUACACCAAGUCAGCGAUUAGCACGAUCUCUAUUCGACAAGAGCAACGUGCUCAAAAAGCAACUAACCCGCCGCGAGGACUACACAUACUCAGUGUGUGACUUUAAAUAUGUGGACCUCUUCCGAGGAUUCCUAUAAUAAUAUGCUAUGUUUAAUCAUAUAUGAUAGUAUGAAUAAGAAAAGAAUGAAAUGUGUGCAUCAUUUAGA